AUAACAAUGAGACCAACUGAUCUGUUAGUUUAUUAUUGUGGGUUUUUGGUUGCAAGCAAGUUUGUUUUAUCAUGCAGGGUUCUCUCGUCCGUGUGGUAGUGUGUGUUCUGGCGUUGGUGGUCGUGUGCCGAGCUCAAUGCUUCUUCCAGGGGCUGGAGACCAAAGACUCCAAGACUCCUCCACCAAAGGGGUGUGUGGAUAAGGAGGGAAAGCAGCAUGUGUUCGGUUCUUCAUGGGUGAAGGACUGCUACGACUGUUCCUGCUCCGAGGAAGGCAUCGGCUGCUGCAACAAGAUCCCAACGGUGGUGAAUCUCCCUUCAGAGUGUGAGCUGGUGGUGGACAGAAACGCCUGCUCAUCCAGAGUGGUGAUGAGGUCAGACAAGACCAAGGACUGUGACCAAGGACCCAUCAGUAUGAUCUUAUAAAAACACGGUUUAAUGUACACACCAACAUAUAUAGAAGGAACUUACAUCAAAUAAAACAAGGCAAUAGUGAACAUG